AUGCUUAAAUCACACUUAAUUAGUGCUGGGUUAUCCUUCUCUAAUUACAUUCAGGGUGCUAUUUUGGAGGAGCCCAGGAGCGACUUUACUACACAGGAUCGUCUCGACGGUAAAAAGGAUGAACCUCAGGAUAAUAAGCCUCCCAAUUUAUUAAAAUCUAUUUUCGAUUUAGGGAGGCCCUAUUUCAGGCUAGAUUGCUCUGAGCUUAAUAACAAUAUUAAGUGUUUGGUGGUUCCCUUCAAAAAGGUCAGACAGCUGGUUCCUGACCUAUACAUACCAAGUGUUUCUGCAUCCACCUUCAUGAUCGCAUCUUCAGUUCUACUUUGUAUUAAAUCUAAGGGCAAAUUGACUUUUGGGGACGCUCUUUCUAAGACUUUGACUAAGUUCGUUCUCGUAAACUUAUCUGAGAUUUGUUUUCUCAGCUGUUUACUUUAUUUCAUUUCAUAUUCUGGAACUCCACAGACAAAUGAGGUUAAUGUGCAGCACUUCAACCCUCAGCCUAGUCCCAUGGAACUAAAUCAGGCCUACGGUUCGUUCAACAACUACUCUCAGGCUUUUCCGACCCCGGUCGGGUUUCAGGCUGCUACGAACUCUCAAAAUUUUGGAAAACAACCGGCAAAUACUCACAUGAAUGCCAAUCGGACUCAGACUAACGACAGAAUCAGGUUCAGGCUUCCUGAUGUGUUGUUUGUGAUAGGAUAUAAAUACGUUUUAGUAAAUUACUUUUUGUUCAUAACCACUGUUCUACCGUUUAGUAUAAAUACGGUCGUCAAUAUGGUUUACGUGGCUGUUUGUAGUUUAUUCUUUUCGAUGAGAUCGAUUAAGUCGCUGAGGUCGCUUCAAUCUAACCGAUCGAGCCCCUUACUGUUUAUUUUCCCUGUUUUUCAGCCACUAUUUUUUUACAUUCUUCUUCCCUCUCGGAAGUUUUAA